AUGGUCAGGAUCCUCCCACAACUCGUCGCACUCUCGGUGGCGCUCACAUACGUCCUCGCCCACGGACCAUCCCGCAUCCGCAGAUCCCAAUCCCUCACCCACGACGGACCACCAGUCAUCAUCGACGGUGGAAGCUCCUACAUCCACGGCGGCGGCCCUUACUCCAACAAACGACGCUCCACCCACAACUCCAUCCUCGAAAAACGUGCCCCCACAGACCCGCAACAUCCAGAGCCAGCAACAUGUACCCAAAAGACCUAUACGACUCCCAUCGCUGCCGGCGCCUUCCCAGCCCUAGACUGCAUCCCCUUCAUUGAAGACCCGCAAGUCCAAGAAUGGCUGAAACUCGUCGACAUGACAAAGGUUCCUUCCUAUCCCCUUUCUAACGACGGCUUGUGUCCUACCGAUACGGGGAGUGUACCAGCAGCGCAGUGUUGGUGGACGUGUUCAAAGUGUAGCGCUCCGGAAGAUGUGACGAGUUGUCCGCAGCCUGGCACCUGGGGUCUCACCUAUGAUGAUGGCCCGUCGCCUGACUCACCCCGCUUGUAUGACAACCUCCUUGCCCACAAGCAAAAGGCCACCCUCUUCAUUGUCGGAUCCCGCGCAAUCUCCUUCCCCGAGACCCUCAAACGCGCCUACAAUGAAGGACACCAAAUCGCCAUCCACACCUGGUCCCAUCCAGCCAUGACCUCCAUCUCCAACGAACAGGUCGUCGCAGAACUCAAAUGGACCGAGAAGGCUAUCAAAUCCGUCAUCGGCGUAACACCCAAAUACUGGCGCCCACCCUUUGGGGAUGUCGAUAACCGUGUCCGAGCGAUUGCGACGCAGUUGGGAUACAAGACGAUUAUUUGGACAGAGGGGUUUGAUACGGACGAUUGGAACAUCCCUGCGGGACAGGCAACACCUCAAUCUGUCAUUGAUACCUUCAAGACAUGGCUGAUCAAAGUGCCGACUAUGACUACGGGAUUCAUCGUGUUGGAACAUGACCUGUGGCCCCAGGAGGUCGAUGUAGCAUUGAACGGGAUCUUACCUGUCGCAUACGCGACCACGGGGUUGACCAUGAUGCCCGUCGCCAAGUGUAUCGGUGAUUCGACACCAUACCUCGAGGGCGCCGGGACCUUCCUGGGCGGGAACACGACGACUCCCACUGCUUCGGGAACUGCUACAGGGACCAAGACGGGGUCUGCAAUCAGGACAGGAACUUCUACCGCGACACCUACUCACAGCAAUGCCGCCGCUGGAUUGACUUUGUCUAGUCGUGCUGUUGUUGUUGGAUCCUCUGUCGUGCUGAUGUACCUGACUGGCGCCUUCCUGUAA